GACCUGCACAAACUUAAGGCUGGGCAGCCCACACAAUACCAGGAGCUCACUGCUGAUAAAUUGAUUGAAUCUGACAAACUCCUUUAUGUUCUGGAUGGAGACGCUGCCAUCGCUCGCCACAUGAAACACCCCCAGGGGGACAUGAUCACGGAAGAUAUCCGGCAGUUAAAGGAAAGAGUGAACAAUUUGCGAGGGAAACAUGAUCAGAUUUACAAUUUCACCCCACGUGAAAUUGAACCCGAGGUCAACUGGUCUUCAACAAUCGAAGAGAAGCAGGAAACCUUGAACAGCAGAGGCUUUGGCACAGACCUUCCGUCAGUCAACGGUCAAGUAGAAGAGCACAAUAUCUUCCACAAUGAGGUGAUGGCUAUUGGACCGCAUAUCAACAAAGAAGGCGAAAAGGAGUAUACAAGUGAGCUUCAGAUGAAAUACCAGAAACUGCUG